UUCCAUUUCCCAUUUGCCCAAAAAUUGUUGAUGAAACAUAGACGCAAUCAUUUCGCUACUUGGCGUUUUCUCACCAAUAACAACGUUCAAAGUAACGCUGUUUGAAGUAUAGUAAUUAAAAUCGAAGAUGCCAUAAUCCGAUUUCAUUAGCUGCUUUCAAGACAACUCGCGACCAAAAGCAGCGUUGACUGACGGCCACGCAAAGGACACCUGGUGAGAGGAGGCCCGAAGACAGUCACGGGCUACCUUCAGUUCACCUCAACCUUCAGAUUCGGCUUUUUAAAAGUGUCCCCUCAGAAUGGCCAGCCACUUCCGCAGCUACAUCUGGGACCCAGUUCUCAUUGUGUCUCAGAUUGCGUUGAUGCAGUGCAUCUAUUAUAGCUUCCUUGGAUUGUGGCUUGCUGGUGUUGAUAGCCUUGUCCAGACAAAUAGAUCUCUCGACCAAAUUUUCAGCUAUGAGGUAGUUGGUUUCGCGACACCUCACGGCAGACUUUCAAUGAUGGCAUUCAUCUUAAAUUCAUUGACAUGUGCUCUCGGCCUUUGGUUCUUCAUCCGACGCGGCAAGCAGUGCUUGGACUUCACCGUCACAGUGCAUUUCUUUCACAUGAUCGGAUGCUGGGUGUACAACUCUCACCUGCCCGCCUCUCUCUCCUGGUGGCUCGUCAACGUGGCAUGUAUGGCUCUAAUGGCCGUCAUCGGGGAAUACUUGUGCAUGCGGACUGAGCUCCGAGCUAUUCCGGUCAACACGGGACCCAAAUCAAACCUCUGAGGGAUCAUUCACACUGGCAUUCUCGGGGUGGACUGUGGCCAGGCUGGACUGGUUGCCAUUUUCAGUCUUUUUGUCAGUUACUUUCUGUUGCUGCAUUAUCAAUGACUGCACUUGACUGAAUUGACCUGGAACAAAGGUCUUUUCUCAAGAGAUUGAACAGUUGCGUCAAUAAGCAAAGAAUGCCCCUGUAAUCGCUGAUGUAUAGAUUAUGUUGUGGUUUAUUUAUUUUCUCUGACAUUCUUAAGUGGCUGCAAUUUUAGAAUUUUAUAAUGUUUAAGUAUUACACAUUUCUGAAGAGAGAGAAAACGGUCAUAUGUGAUGGAUCUGUGCAUCAUCUUGCUUUUAUUGGCCCAUAAUGAGAGGUACUAUUGUAAAUAUACAACAAAGCAAAACUUUUGGAGAACUGUCAUCAUAGCGCAUGCAGGAAAAACAGACAUGAAGAAAGAAGAUUUGUCAUCCAUACUCAAUACAUAAUAAGUAUGCAUCCUUUGUAAUUAGGAGUGGCUUAAAUGUCAAAAGCAGUCAGACAAAUCUUUACUUGACUUGGCCGGAAAUGGGUACAAUCAAGAUAUGCAAUAUGCAUUUCAGAUAGGAAUUAUCACACAACCUGUGCUGAAUACUUGAGAAGGGUACAAAGUUAACAAGUGGUUUAUUGACUUUGUGCCCCUAUUCAUGAAAAGCAGCCACUAUUCAGGCAUCUUUUGUGUACAUUUUAUUCUGUGGUGUGCUUUAUUUUAACAGUUUCUAUUUAAACUAAUUGGACAGAAAGUCAUAAUCUUUCCCCGGGUUACCUCAAGUUUGCUUUAAUAAAAUCAUCAUUCCGAUUUGCUAAGGACUUGAAUCCUACACUUACACUUUUAUUACAAUUAAAGAUUGUACCUUUAUACA